AUGAAUACAACUACCACAACCACAACAACAACCUUUCAUAGUAUAUUCAAAGUAUCAAUCAUUAGAAAAAGAAUAUUCAAUCAUAUUGAUGAGAUAUCAAAACAACAACAAAAAAUAAAUAAUAGUAAUAAUGAUGGUGAUGAGAAUGUUAAUAUUUGGUUAAAAGGUAGAGAUAUUGUAAAGUUACCUUUUCUUGGUAUGAUUGUUCGUUAUGCAAUGCCAUGGGACUUUAUCAAACAUUAUUUACCAUCAAGAGAGAAUGAUAAUGUAUUGUUUGAAAGAAGAAUGCAUACAAUUACAAAGUAUUGUGGUCACCGAAAUGCUCGGUUGGAUACACUCAAACAUUUGAUUGAUGAUUGGUCACCUGAUUACAAUCCUCAAGAACCACAUUCAAAUCAACAAAAACAGAAUGCUGGUUUAUCAAUAGAAUAUUAUUCACAAUUGGUUACAUCGAUUGCUGCAGUUGGUCAUGUCGAUCUAUUUGAGUAUCUUAUCACUAGGUAUCCAAAUAUCAAUAUUGUAAUUGAUGCUAAAAUAGAAGCAUCUGAAGCUGGUCAUUUACCAAUAUUAAAGUCAUUAGAUUCUAUUAAUAGAGGAAGAAGUGGAUUGAAAGAUGAUACUUUUGAUUUCCGCAAGGCUAUAUCAAAUGGACAUUUAAAUGUUGUCGAAUAUUUAACAGACAAAGGAUUUAAAUAUACUGGUUCAAUUUCAGCUGCUGUUCAAAGUGGUAGAUUAAGUUUAGUAAAGUAUCUUCAUUAUAAUCAAACUGGUAUGGCAGUGAGUCAUGAUGCAAUGGAUAGAGCUGCUACUAUGGGUUCAUUAGGUAUACUUAAAUUUCUACAUGAACAUAGACCUGAAGGAUGCUCAAAAAUUGCAAUGGAUAAAGCAUCAGAAAAAGGAUAUUUGGAGGUUGUAAAAUGGUUACACGAAAAUAGAAGUGAAGGAAGUACAACUUGUGCUAUGGAUUUGGCAUCAAGUUUAGAGAUGAUUCAAUAUCUUCAUACACAUCGUACAGAGGGAUGCUCUAAAACUGCUAUGGAUUAUGCUAGUGGAUGUGGUAGAUUAGAUGUCGUCAAAUGGUUACACGAAAAUAGAAGUGAGGGUUGUUCAACAGCUGCCAUUGAUAGGGCAUCCAAGAAUGGUCAUUUUGAUGUUGUAAAGUUUUUAUAUGAUAAUAGAACUGAAGGAUGUUUGUCAAAUGCAAUACAUGGAGUACUUGAUUUAGAGAUGGUUGAAUUUCUAUUUACCAAUUUAGGUGCUAGAAGUGGAAGAUCGACAAUCAAUGAUCUGGUGGGUCGUGGUAGACUGGAUAUCAUCCAGUUUCUUCACGAGCAUGGCGAUGAAGGUGACGAUGAAGAUGAUGGUAUUUGGUACUAUGCAAUGGAUGAAGCUGCAGAACAAGGUAAUCUCGAAAUGGUCAAAUGGUUUCAUACUAAUCGUACAGAGGGGUGUACAAACUAUGCGAUGAAUCAUGCAGCACAAAAAGGAUAUUUGGAGAUAGUAGAGUUCCUUCAUAAACACAGAACUGAAGGAUGUACAACCUUUGCUCUUGAUCAAGCUGCUCGAGGAGGCCAUUUCGAAGUGGUCAAGUUUCUACAUUUUAAUCGUACAGAAGGAUGUACAACUGAUGCGAUUGAUGGAACAUAUAGAUUGGAAAUAAUACAGUUUCUUCAUAAACACAGAACAGAGGGAUGUACUCGACAUGUAUUACAUUCAAAGGCACCAACAACCGACGAUUUCUACCAUGUUUUAAAAUAUGUAUUGGACAAUAACAUGUUGACAACUAAACAAAAUAUUUUAAUCUAA